AUGGGCAUCAUCGUCAAUUCAACCAUUAAUGCCACCAUCUCAGACAAGGCAGCUCUUCUAGAGAUUGUGCGAAAUGCUGCAGAUCCAGCCACAGCACAGAGGGUGAAUUUGAACAGAACUCUCGUGAUUCCGUUCACCAACCCGCACGAUACAGCGGAAAAUGGAACGACUGGUUACUGGACAUUUGUACCUGAAUUGCAGUGUUUCAAUGGUGUUCUCAAAGAUUGUAAAGGUGACGAUGAGGACUGGGAUGGGGAGGUGGCUGUGGCCUGCGGCUACAAGAUACUCAGCAGAGGAGCUAAUGCGAGUACGGCGGUAUACGACGGCGAAGUCAGCUUUGUCCGGGAAUUUGGAGCGGAGUAUAGUAAGAGUGACGAGGAGAAAAGACCGUGGCCAGAAUAUGAAACGGCUGUGGAGUGGGUCGAGGAGCAUAAAGAGGACUCUGAUUCUGGAGCCCUGAAGUAUGCAUCAGCUUAUAGUGCGCGUAUGGCUCUCACUUGGUUCUCCCUAACUAUUUUACUUUUCUUUAUUUAG